AUGAAGGAAAGAAUGUUGCUCUCAUUGAUGGUCUUUUCCUCACUCGUAGUAUUAGCAGAAACUAUUGCUCAAAAGCCUGCUAUUGAAAUCUACAGCCUCCACGUGGACUGCAAAGUUACAUCACGAUUUGCCCACACCAUCAUCACCAGCAAAAUUGUCAACCGAGCUAAUGAGUCCAAAGAAGCAACCUUUGAAGUGGAGUUACCCAAGACAGCCUUCAUCACCAACUUCUCCAUGUCCAUCGAUGGUAAAGUAUACCCAGGAAUCAUAAAGGAGAAAGCUUCUGCUCAAAAGGAAUAUGAUGUUGCAGUCUCACGCGGGCAGAGCGCUGGCCUUGUCAAAAUCACAGGCAGAAAACUGGAGCAGUUUCACGUGUCCAUCAGCAUUGCAGCCUCCAGCAAAGUCACUUUUGAGCUGACAUACGAGGAACUGUUGAAGCGGCAGCUGGGGAAGUUCGAGCUGCUGAUCAAGGUCCAACCAAAGCAGCUUGUUAAGCACUUCCAGAUUGAUGUGCACAUCUUUGAGCCCCAAGGCAUACGUUUCUUGGAGACAGACAGUACCUUCAUCACUAAUGAGUUAUCUGAGGCACUCACCACAGUGCAGAGCGAAAAAAAGGCUCAUAUUUUAUUUAAGCCAACUGUAGAUCAGCAGAAGGUAAAUCCUGAACUUAAUGAAACUCUUCUCAACGGUGACUUUAUUGUGCGUUAUGAUGUCGAGAGAGGUGCCACUGCUGGUGAUAUACAGAUUGUCAAUGGGUAUUUUGUGCAUUACUUUGCACCUCGAGAAAUGCCAGUGAUUCCCAAAAAUGUCAUCUUUGUUAUAGAUGGAAGUGGCUCCAUGGCAGGCAGAAAAAUUGAACAGACCAGGGAUGCCCUGUUGAAGAUUUUGCAAGACCUUCGCCCCGAAGAUCAUUUCAGCUUUAUCACCUUUAAAAGCAGAGUGAUGGAGUGGAAGAGCAAUUUGCUGCAAGCCACUCCAGAGAACCUGGCGAGUGCUGCAGGAUUUGUGCGAACUCUUUCUGCUAGUGGAGGCACAGACAUCAACGGGGCCCUGCUGACGGCGGUGAGUGUGCUGGAGAAAGCUGAGGAGCUGCCAGAACGGAGCGUCUCCAUGAUCAUUCUGCUGACAGAUGGCCAGCCCACUUCUGGUGAGAGGAAUGUGGAAGUAAUUCAAGAAAACAUUCAGAAAGCAAUCAAUGGGAAAUAUGCUCUUUUCUGCCUUGGCUUCGGGUUUGAUGUCAGUUAUAAAUUCCUGGAGAAAAUGGCCCUGAGCAAUGGAGGAAUAGCACGUCGAAUAUAUGAAAAUGCUGAUGCAGCCUUGCAGCUCCAGGGCUUUUAUCAAGAGGUGGCUACCCCAAUAUUAAUGAAAAUUGAAAUGCAGUAUCCAGAAAAUGCUAUUGAAGGAUUAACCAAGAACAAUUUCGAACUUUUUUUUGAAGGAUCUGAAAUUAUAGUAUCUGGAAAAAUUAGCAAUGACCUUGAUCUUUUGCCAGUAGAAAUUAAAGCUCAGACACAUACUAGUGACUUGACUCUUAAAGAAGAAGCAAAUGUUGAAGAGAAGGAGCAAAUAUUUCAAAAUCAGAGUUACAUCUUUGGAAAUUUCAUAGAGAGACUGUGGGCUUAUUUAACCAUUCAACAGCUUCUGGAAAAGUCUAUUUCAGCACAAGAAGAGGACCAGAAAAAGCUGGAGGCACAAGCCUUAGAGCUGUCUCUGCAGUACAGCUUUGUUACACCCCUCACUUCCAUGGUGGUCACCAAACCUACUGGCCAUCAGCAGAUGGAGCUGGCCAACAAACCCACUGAAGCUGGUAAAUGGGGCAUUGAACAACUUAGAGAAAAAUGUUUCAUUAAACUCUUCUUACUAAUUUUAGUUAUUUCAGCUGUCAGGCUAAGAGAAAAAAUGAGAGUACAACCUGUUGCCACGGAAUAUCCACAGCUUAUCUUGCAAUUACCCCAACAAAAUGAAAUAAUCUGCUUAAAUACUGAUGGAAAGGCACGACCCUCUGUUCACCUGCUGUCGGAUCCAGAGCAAGGACUCACUGUGACGGGGAAACUUGGGGACAAAACAAAUCACUUUGUGCAUUUUGAAAUUACCUACAUGAACCCCCCUGCACAAGUCCACAUCUCCAUGAAUGAGAUUGUCCUCAGCCACAAUAACAAGAGCACUCGGAUGCCAUGGACAGAGUCAGCCACCUCCACUGUCCAGGGGCUGAAAGUCUCAGUGGAAAAGGAAACAAGUGUCACAGCACUGUUGUCUGAUACAGUCACAGUAAAAGUUUCCUUUAUAAAGUUUCCAGAUGGUUUCCUCGGGCUGUAUUUCCUGAACACAGACCGUUUUUCUGACAAAGUCAGUGGAGUUCUGGGUCAAUUUUAUUCAAAAGCACAAUUUGAGAAUAAUUCCAACAUCAAUCAGAGAGCUGAUGAAAGACUCCUGAAUGUGUCUGGAUCUGAGCACAAAGCCAACAGGCAAUACAUGAAAGAUUACAGGCUUGACUCAACCCGUGAUUUUGUUUCCUGCUGGUCAAUAGAUUUAGUUCCCUAG